UACUACUGUAUAUGAUCCUAGGCUGUGUGUACCUUGGAGUUUAGACCACCGGGAGGUUUGAGAGCCUCCUGGCCGACCUCUUUCCUGGACGUCCACAGUCGAGGCCCUUGAGGGGUUUUGCGGUUGGGUGGCAGGCUCCUCUUGGGGUAAAAGGACAGUCUGGUGCGUGACAGAGGUAUCCGUCUCCUUUCUCAGAAGUCAUGCCGGGUAUGAGAGGUAAGAAGUGAAAGUGAAAUCAUCUGACCAUGAUGUCAGCAAAUGUUUUUAAAAAAAAAAAACUGUUUACUUGGUAAGGCACAUGCAGAAAAGCAACACAAGCCUGGGGUGGCCCAGGCUCUGACAUUUGCCUCUCACCAAUACAUUUCUGGAGCCUGACAUUAGCAAGCCAGCAAGAAAGGACGAUCAACUGAACUUGAGCUCCUGCUCCUCCCUUUUACAAGAGUUCCUGUGGGUUCUGCAUCUUCUUUCGGUUGCCAGGAGGGCGGCCCUGCCAAGGACAAGAGAAGAUGUUCGGCCCAAGGUCAAGGUGGGCUGAGCGGCUGCUGUUCCUCGGCAUCAUGGUCCUCGUGGUCACGACCUUCUACCUGCUGUUCUACGCUCUCAUCCUGGAGUCCGGCAACCUCAUCGACCUGCCCAACCUGCGGAUCGGCUUCUUCAACUUCUGCCUGUGGAACGAGACGGCCGGCUCCCUGCAGUGCUACACGUCCCCCGAGCUGGCGACCCUGGGUGUGCCCCAGGCUGGGCUGGCCCUGGCCAGGGUCUGCGUGUACGCGGCCCCGGUCCUCAUCCUCUUCGUCUCCCAGACCCUCCUGCUGGCCCGCUGCAACAGUAACCAGGGAGAGUGGCAGCUGGCGGUGUGGUUCCUGGUGGUGGCCUCCACCCUGCUCGCCAGUGGCCUGGGCCUCUUCCUCACCUGCACCUGGAAGUGGGUCAGCCUGCCCCUCCUGGGGCCCGGGUGUCUAGCUCUGGUCCUUGCCCAGGCCUCGCUCAUCCUCUUGCUGAUGGCCACAGUCGUGUUCCCUCAGAAGGGAGAGGGCACCGGGCUGAGCAAGCUGGAGAGGUGCUAGUCCUGCCGGAAGGCUCACAUGCUUGAUCGCAAGGGCUCGGUCUGAACGAUGCUCAGAGAAGGUGCCGGGGGACUCCUGGGUUGGUCCGUUUUCUCAGCCACGCCGUCUCAUAGCUACUGCUGACCUCAAGCUCCAGCAAACCCCAGCGACAGAGUCCAGAGGCUGGGCAGCAAGGGCAGCCACACCCGAGGCCUCUCACUGUUGGGCUGCCUGUCUUUCAGGAUCACUAACACUAUGCCGCACACUGUCACAGGAAUUUUUACUUUGUUUAACCGGUUCAAGCAGGCCAUUCUUCCUUGAUUCUCAGGAUGGUGGGGGGAGAAGGGCUCCUGUCACGGGGCCAGGUUUCCAGGCUGGUCUGUCACAGGCCACACGGAAACCCAGGGAAGGUUUAUGGCAACAAAUGGGGUACAGUGACAGAGAGCACCGCAGGGUCCUCAGGGCCCUGGGUAGCAAGCUCCCCCCACCCCCGACCCCAUGACACCACUCCCAGAGGCGCGGGAGGGAUCUGAGCGAGUCACUGCAGACAACCCACGUGGCUUGCAGCUUCCCUGGACCCGCAGCCAGACGUUGCAGGAGGGUCGGCUGGCUGGUCACUCCUGACCCGGGGGACCUGGGUGUUCAGGUGCAGAACAUGCCAAACCCCGGGCAGGGGGAAGGCGAACGGGACUGAACAUUUCCUCAGAUGCUGCGCCCCUUCACUACUCAACCCGGACCUGGAAAGGGUCCAAGGACAACCUGGGCGAUGGGAAUUUUGUGUAUUUUUUGGUGCCUGUAUAUUGGAAAACCUACACAGUCAUUGGUCACCUCCUUCUACAUCUGUCAUAUACCACACUGAAUAGAGACAAUAUGGGCCCUGCCACAA